AUGGAGCAUGCUCCGUGGCGGCCACUGAAGCCUUUGCCCUUUAGACUUUGGCGUCCCAGUGGCCAUGUGGACGAAGGGAAAUGCGCAGGCGCAGAAAGCGCUUCAAUUGACUCUGGCGUUAGUCGUACCUGCAAACUUGCCCCCAAUCCUUCUUAUUUGGAUUGGGUAACAGUGCUGCCUGCCUCUCCUUCUGUGCCCACUCACCGAUACAGGGGAAUUUUUCUUUCCAGCGAAAGACUGAGUGAAGCUGAGAACCAGAAGUUGUUUGGGAAGUGCAGCAGGAGGCAUGGCCACAAUUACAAAGUUGUGGUGACGGUCCGUGGAGAAAUCAAUCCCACUUCAGGGAUGGUUGUAGACCUGGCAGAUUUGAAAGCGUACAUGAAGGAGGCGAUCACAGAGCGCCUUGACAGAAAAGACCUAGAUCAAGACAUCCCCUGUUUUGCCAACGUCGUAAGCACGACAGAGAAUCUCGCCCUGUUCAUCUGGGAAAACCUCCAGAGGCACUUGCCUGCGGGGGCCCUUUACAAAAUAAAACUGUAUGAAACAGAGGAGAACAGCGUCAUCUAUAAAGGAGAGGUGCCCGCUAAAGCCACAGUCAUGAGCAUGUGUACAGCGCCUCCCCCCAGAUGGAAAGGAGCUUUGCAAUGGCCUUGA